CCCACCCAAGAGCAUCAAAACCAGCAGCAGCACAAGCUACAGCUCAGACUGUCUUCAGGUCUUCAAAAUAAAUCCAGAAGCCACCAGAAUGCUGUCUCUUUCGUCCUUUGCCAAGAAAGAUGAACUCAAGAAAGAAGAGCUGAUAAGGUCCACCCAGACCCUCCACCACUAUGUGCACAAAUACUUCAACAUCACCAACAGGCUGUUGGUUAUAUUCAAUACCCACCUGGAGCAAAGCCCUUCCCCUGCAGUCUCAGCAGAUGAAAGUGAAAGUAUUGAGAAAAACUGCACCAGGGUGAGAGAUGUAAUGCGCCUAAUCCUUGAUGCUUCAGAGAGGGAGGACAAACAUGUCCGUAAGAGCAUUGAACCUGCUCUAUAUGACCAGAUUGCUUUAUCUGGAGUCUCACAAAAAGUCAAGGCUGCAGUGAUAAAGGAUCUGCAUCAGGAAACUCUGGGACUCUUGGGGAAUGUCUUCGGUCCUCUAGUCACUGUUCGACUGGCAAACAGUGAUCUGGAGAGUGUAAUGCCUCCAGUGGAACAGUGUGAACUCCAGUCUGUUCUGUCUUUGGCUCUGGGAGAAUUAGUGCAGAGCAGUGCAAGAAUCAGUGAGCUUUUGUGUAAACAAGGGAACCAGCAGAGGAGCCUGGAUGAAGCCAUAGUGUUAGUGGAAGAUGUGCUCUCUGUCCUGAAGCCACCCUGUGACUCCUACAAUGACAUUCUGAGUGAAGUGGAAGCCUACGUCACCAUCAUAUCUGAAAACAUCUAGGCUACUUCUGUAUUAUUUUCAUAUCUCUAUUUCUGUAGAGCUGGACUUUUUAAUAAGGAUCAAAUGGGUGAGUUCAGUUUUGAAAAU